AUGACAUUCGUUAUCGUCCCAAGUGCCCUUGUUUUCGAUCACGGAAUUAAUAAUUUUAAAGGAAUCUUGCUCAUGCCGAUGGUGACACUAACGAUGUGUGCUCUAUCCCUAGUUGUGAUGUUAUUCAUAUUCAUGACUAAAGCCAUUUUCCUGGUUCCACCAUUCCAUGUUCUUCUCUUGGCCUAUAACAUCUGUAUCUUCACAAUCUCUGCUUUGCUGACCGUAAUGAUGACAAAGUGUUUGGAUACGUUGUGGCAAGGGUAUCACUUGAUAGGAUCCGUUUGCAAGCAUCCUGAACUUGUCAAAAACUUGAAAAACAAUGUUCCAUUGGUGCAAGAGCCAGAGGUUGUGCGAAAUCAAAAGCCAAAUGUUCGUCAAGUGAUUCUCGACAGAGUUCGUCGGCGUUAA